AUGGUGACUAUUAUAGAGAGCUCUGCAGCACUUCGUAAAAAGAAGAUUCUGAAAAAGUCUGUCAAUUUCAGCGUGAUGGUGAUUGGCCAAUCAGGUACUGGAAGGUCGACGUUCAUAAAUUCCCUCUGUGACCAGUUAAUUGUGGAACCUUCGUCGACCGUUCGGAUGUAUUCUCCAGAGGAGCUAAGCAAUCCGGAUAGAGAAUUGCAACUAAGAAAGUCUACGGUGGAACUUGAAGAUGAGGAAGGUGUUCGUAUCAACUUGAACUUGAUUGAUACACCGGGAUUUGGUGAUUCUUUGAACAAUGAUCUUUCUUUCCAGAUUAUAAGGGACUAUCUUAAGUAUCAGUUUGAUGAGAUCUUGAUUGAGGAGUCGAAAUUAAGGAGAAAUCCUCGGUUCAAGGACAAUAGAAUCCACGUUUGUCUCUAUUUUGUUGUUCCUACGGGUCAUGGAUUGAGAGAGAUUGAUGUAGCAGUGAUGAAGAGUUUGGGGGAGUUUGUUAACAUCAUUCCAUGCAUCAGUAAGGCUGAUUCUCUCACAGUGGAAGAGUUGAAAUUGAACAAGAAGAUGAUUAAGGAGGAUAUUGAGCAUUAUAAGUUGCCUGUUUUUGAUUUCACCAACGAUUACUUUAAUAUGGAUGGAUCCUUGGACGAUGAGUCUAUUGAAUUGAACAAGUAUUUGCAGAAAACGUUACCGUUUGCCCUUAUGGGAUCCAAUGCUACGGUGAAAGAUGAGGUUACCGGUGAGAUUAAGCGGGUUCGAAAGUAUCCUUGGGGAGUAGUUGAUAUCUUUGACAAUGAGAUCAGUGAUGUACUCACUUUGAAGACCACCCUUUUGGUGACCCACCUUAAUGACUUCAAAGACUUCACUCAUGAGGUACUGUACGAAAAUUAUAGAGCCAAGACGUUGAGCGAGGUGGAAAAUGGUGAAUAUAAUUACAACAGCAUGUAUUCAGGAAGCGUGAAUAGCUUUAACGAGGCUACGCAAAUGAAUAGAAAAAAGCUGGUGGCAGCAGCAGCACAGAGAGCAAGUAAUGUUCCACCACAGGCAUCAUUUACUACUGCACCACCAAGAAGUCCCGUUCCCCCUGGAGGUGGCCGAUCUGUUCCGGGAACGCCCGAUACGGAAAUUCAGGCCAAAGAGGAGCAGAUUGAAUUUGAAGAGGAGAGAUUGAGAGCAUUCGAACAGAGGGUUCAAAGGGAUCUUGUGAUGAAGAGACAGGAAAUUGAGGCCAGAGAAAAGGAAUUGGAAGAUAUCGAGAGAAGAUUGGCAGCCCAGGAGUUAAGCGAUGUCGAUGCAGAUGUCGAUGCAGAUGCAGACGCCGACGCCGACGCCAAUGCCGACGAAGACGGUCACCCUGUACUACCGGAUCAGGUCGACUAA